UUGGGUCAGUUGCCAGAAGUCAAAAAUGACGGUAGCAUUUAAUCAGUGAAAACCUCUUGCAACCGCCUUAGAUAAGAGGGGGGACAAGCGCGUUUUUCUGCCUGUCUGGAGAUGGCGCUCAAACAGGCAACACCUGUGGCUAGAAAGCGGACGGUACAGCAGGCGGCGCCUGUGGUUGUGUUUAAGGAGUUAAAAUCAUCAAGUACUGCAUUGCUAGAAAGGCUGGGAGGAGAGGAGACGCGCAGAGGAACUUCCUCUUCCGGAUGGCUGAUGGGAGGAAGUUGGUGUGCAGAGCGGCUUUUGUGCUGUUUCCAUGGUGGAAGCAGCAGCUGGCAGGUGAGUGGAGGGCAGCAGGUGGGAGGAGAGUCCGGGAGCAACUUGGGCUGGAAGCGGAGAAGCAACUGGGCUGAAGCCUCUCAGCUGCGGCUGCUGCAGGUUCCUUCCCUCCCCAAAUGGAAGCCCACUGGUGCUGCAGGCUGGGAAACUGGGGGCUGCAAUUUCUGCUGGUGGGAAGAUUGAAAAAGCCUCCUUCCAAUGCAGGUUGAGCCUUUGGGGCUGGUUUCCCUCCAGAGGGAGCUCCGUCACUGGAGGUUUGGAAGAGAGCUGGAAGAAACCUUGGAGGUCUUAAUGACGUCUCAGACAAAUGGCUGUCCCGUCGGUUUAAAAGCCACCAGCAAUGGAGCCCCCACAACCUCUGGAGGGAAGCCAUUCCCGAAGAAUCAACCUUCACUCAAAAGAGGCUUUUUCAGUCUUCCAGGCAGCAGAAAAUUGCAGCCAUUCCCUUCCACUGGCUAAUUGUUCUCACUGAUGGGAUUUUUCCUUAAUUCCAGACAAAGAGGAUGGCAAUAAGAGCAUUCUGGACAACUGAGAAUAACAAGCAACGUUGAAAAGUAAAUAAAAUUGAGCCAGAAAUCAAAAUAUAUUCCAUUUCUUUCAGAAAACAACUCAAUUCUCCUUCUCCAGCAGCUAAUAGACAAAAGAGAGAAAAUUAAUAUGAGAUUUUGAGCUGGAAAAAGUAGAGGAUACGAAACUCUUGGAUACAUUGCAUGAAAAAUCAAGGAAGAUUAUUUUUCACUCAGAAAAAGAUGGAAAUAUCUGGAAGUUAGGUGAAAGGAAAAAGUCUUAUUGGGCAGGGCACAUAGGACAGACAAUGAUACAGGCCUUGCUCUGGGAAGAAGCAAACAGCUUUAAUCAAAGCACCAUUAAACAAUAGAUCACACAUAUUUUUGACCUCAAGAAUAUCAGUUGUGGAAAAGCUCCAUAGAUCUACCUAUUGUAGAAAAAGCGCAGAUUGCAAAUCAUAGCUGAUUUAACAAGAAGAUCCCAACUGCAGAAAAGCCAUACAAAUUAUCUGAAUACGCCAAAAAGUUUGGUCAGAACAGCUUCCUUGUGGUUCGUGGAACUACUCACACAGAAGAGAAGCCAUAUGAGUGCUCCCGAUGUGAAUACUUUAGUGAACAUGGCAACAUGGUGAUACAUCACAGGACACCCAUCACGUAAGAGUGUCCAAAUUGUGUGAAAGUAUCAUUGGAAAUUACCACCUCAUGAGACAACAAAGGACUCACACAGGAGAGAAACCCUUUCAAUGUCCUGAUUGUGGGAAAAGUUUCAGAAACAAUUCAAGGAUGGUGACACACCAGUCGACUCACACAGGAGAGAAACCAUUUGAAUGUCCAGAUUGUGGGAAAAGGUUCAGUCAGAAUUCCAGCCUGGUGAUACACCAGAGGACUCACACAGGAGAGAAACCAUUUGAAUGUCCUGAUUGUGGGAAAAGUUUCAGUCACAAUUCCAGCCUGGUGACACACCAGAGGACUCACACAGGGGAGAAACCAUUUGAAUGUCCUGAUUGUGGGAAAAGUUUCAGUCACAAUUCCAACCUGGUGACACACCAGAGGACUCACACAGGAGAGAAACCAUUUGAAUGUCCUGAUUGUGGUAAAAGUUUCAGUCAGAAUUCCAACCUGGUGGCACACCAGAAGACUCACACAGGAGAGAAACCAUGUGAAUGUCCUGAUUGUGGGAAAAGUUUCCUUUGGAAUUCUGAGCUGGUGAGACACCAGAGGACUCACACAGGAGAGAAACCAUUUGAAUGUCCUGAUUGUGGGAAAAGUUUCAGUCGCAAUUCCAGCCUGGUGACACACCAGAGGACUCACACAGGAGAGAAACCAUUUGAAUGUCCUGAUUGUGGGAAAAGUUUCAGUCACAAUUCCAGCCUGGUGACACACCAGAGGACUCACACAGGGGAGAAACCAUUUGAAUGUCCUGAUUGUGGGAAAAGUUUCAGUAACAAUUCCCACCUUGUUAGGCACCAGAGGAAUCACACAGGAGAGAAACCAUUUGAAUGUCCAGAUUGUGGGAAAACUUUCAGUCACAUUUCCAGCCUGGUGAUACACCAGAGGACUCACACAGGAGAGAAACAAUUUGAAUGUCCUGAUUGUGAGAAAAGUUUCCUUUGGAAUUCUGAGCUGGUGAAACACCAGAGGAUUCACACAGGAGAGAAACCAUACGAGUGCCCAGACUGUGGGAAAGAUUUCAGUAGUAAGACUAGCCUUUUGAAUCAUGUGCUUAUACACACGGGAGAAACCAUUUAAGUGCCCCAAGAGUGGGCGUUGCUUCAGGAAACAUUCCACCCGUAUUGCACACAAGAAAAUGCGCAUGGAUUUGCCAAAGUGAUGAGUGAUGACCUAAAGCAGUGGUUCCCAAAGUGCGCGGUACCAAAGUGGGGGGCGGUGGGAUGACU